AUGGCUUCAGUAAGUCUGCUACGUGCUCUUCCAAGGCUUUCACUUCUAACUCGAAGCGCUUUGCCACAACUCACUCGCUCAUUGUCUACUUCAUCAGCACUUUUCGCAGAACGAAGAUACACGAAAAAACACGAAUGGGUUUCUGUGGAGGAUGAAAUCGGCACCGUCGGCAUCACUACUUUCGCUCAGGAGGCACUUGGAGAUAUCGUUUAUGCCGAACUUCCGGACGUAGGCACCGAACUGCAUGCCGGCGAUACGGCAGCCGCAGUGGAGAGUGUGAAAGCAGCAUCAGACGUGUAUUCGCCGAUUUCGGGUACGGUCACGGAAAAGAACGAAGAAGUGGAAUCCAAUCCGUCACUUAUCAACAAGUCAACCUAUCAAGAUGGUUGGCUAUUCAAGUUGAAAGUGAUGAAUGCGAAUGAAUUACAACAAUUGAUGGACGAAAAUGCAUACGAAGCAUUCAAGAAGCAAGAAGAGGAGGCUCAUGCUGAAUAG